AUAACGCUUCCCAAAACGAUCCCUGGAAAACGCUUCCUUGUGUCCGUGUUCCAAAAGUUCUGAAUAUUUAGCUUUUUGUGCAAAUUCACAAUGUGGCUCCUUCCCAAUCAUCGCUUUGAAAAUAUGAGAGAGUGAACCUAUUGUGGUUAUUCCAGGUAACUCCUAAUGUAAUAUUUCACAUAAGAGCACCUGCCCGGCACGCUGCCAGUAAUACAGCACAAGCACCAAGUUUUAUAUCACAAUAUGUGUUUUGUAAUCGUAACUUUGUCGAAACGGUAAAGUGUACGCCGUAACUUGAUUGCGCGGCUCAACGAACUGUCGUUCCGACCUGCUUCAUUGAACGCGUACACGGUACCUUAGUAGUAGCUUUAUGUUGUUCGUAGGACAGACUUUUAAAUCCGAGGUUAACGCCUCGACUGACAUUUUUUUAUUCAAACGCUGACGACGCGGACGACAUUUGUCAAUCUUGGCUCACUGUCAUUAUAUUCAUUGGGCUCCAUCAAUCAGAUUGUCUCGAUCUGCCACGCAUCUAUCACCGAGAUAAGAAGUAGUGUUCUCCGCGUCGUGAGCUGGAACAUAAUCAUCACAGUUUUCUUCCAACAGGGGAAGUGUGACGGAUGGGACGUAGAGAUGUAUGGGCGAGCGGAUCCUACAUUUACACCACACUAACAGAUGUGCAUGCUCGUUAUGUUCACGACUGAUGUCAUUUUUAUUAUUUCAUUUUAUUUUGGGCACAUUUUAUUUUUAUUUGAAUCGCAUUCAGUGAUUGCGUCGGAUAGGUCGGCUGUGUGUCGGGUAUAACGCGACGCGCGGCCGAGGUCGCGCGUCCUUUGAGUUGCAGGUGGGCGGCUCGGUCCCGGUCCGGGGCCGGGGCCGUCCGUCUCAAGUCGAGCUUGUCUAGUGCCCGGCGCGCCCCCGAUGAAUGUGACGGCGGUGGCGGUGUCGCCCACCGCCGUGCGCGUGUCUUGGCAACCGCCGCCCGCCGAGCGAGCCAACGGCCGGAUCGCUUACUACAAGCUGCUUUGCGUGGAAUCUGGGAGGGGGGAUUCAGAGGCGAUGGUGGUGAAACUGAACCAGACGUCGUUCGUACUGGACGAACUGCGGCGCUGGACUGAGUACCGCAUCUGGGUGCUGGCGGGCACCAGCGUGGGGGAUGGGCCCGCCUCCUACCCCGUCACCGUCCGCACGCAUGAAGACGUACCCGGAGAGCCCCAGGACGUGAAGGUCGUUGCCAUCAACUCCACGUCAAUCCAUGUAACAUGGAAGCCCCCACAGGAAAAAGAGAAAAACGGGAUUAUCCGAGGAUACCACGUCCAUGUGCAAGAAGUACGAGACGAGGGCAAAGGACUUCUUAACGACCCAAUGCGGUUCAACGUAAUGGACGACACGACUCUCGAAUUGAACGUAUCGGGGCUCCAACCGGAUACGCGGUACAACGUGCAAGUGGCUGCUCUGACGAGGAAGGGGGACGGUGACCGAAGUACGCCGGUGUCUGUGAAGACGCCUGGCGGUGUGCCAAACAGGCCUACCGUCAACCUGAAGGUUUUGGAAAGGGAGCCCGUCGUAUCAAUAGAACUGGAAUGGAGCAAGCCAUCUCAAACAUACGGCGAUUUACUCGGGUAUAGGUUGAGAUAUGGUGUAAAAGAUCAACCUCUGGAAGAAGUAAAUUUCCCUGGUACUAAAAUACAUUCGUAUAAAAUAAAUGAUUUAGAAAGAGGCGUCCAGUACGAGUAUAGAGUAGCAGGUAAAAACCACAUCGGAAUAGGUCAAGAGACAAUCAAAUAUUGGCUCACACCUGAAGGUGCUCCAAAAGGGCCUCCGACGAAUGUUACGUACCGCUUCCAAACACCCGACAUCAUUAGUAUCACGUGGGAACCUCCAAUCCGUGCUGACAGAAGCGGGCAGAUAAAGAAAUAUGAUGUUCAGUUUUUCAAGAGAGGAGAUCAAUCGUCAGUUGCUGAGAAAACGACAGAAUUAACCAAAGCUGUAUUUACUGGUUUGGAAGAAGAUGCGCAUUAUGUGUUCAAAGUUAGAGCAUACACUGAUCAAGGGGCUGGCCCGUACAGUAAAGACAUGACGGCUCACACUGAAAGGGACAUCGGUAGAGCCCCUAUGUCAGUUAAAGCCGUUGCACUUCAGAAUCUAGUGUAGAAGUUUGGUGGGAAACAUUCCGUUCUAGAAAGAAGAUCAUUGGUUACGUCAUAUUCUAUACAAUGACGCCAGUCGAGGAUCUAGAUGAAUGGCAACAGAAAACCGUUCACGUUACACAUUCUGCUGAUUUGGAUAAUUUGGAAAAGUUCGCAGAAUAUGCUGUCGCUGUUGCUGCCAGAACGGCAGAUGGUCUUGGAAGAUUAUCCGAAAAGGUUACUGUGAAGGUCAGACCAGAAGAAGUGCCUUUACACCUUCGGGCUCAAGAUGUGUCCACUCAUUCCAUGACGUUGUCAUGGUCGCCUCCGUUACGCUUAAACCCCGUUAGUUAUAAGAUUUCCUACAAUGCGAUUAAAGAAUUUGUUGACUCUCUUGGUAUGACGCAAACGCAAGAAAUACCAAGAAGGGAAAUCAUUGUGAAACAUGAUAGAACAUCGUAUUCGAUAAAUGAUCUGUCUCCGUUCACAACGUAUAGUGUUAAUGUAAGUGCCAUACCUAAUGACGAUUCGUACCGACCGCCGACGAAGAUCACCGUCACCACGCAGAUGGCAGCACCGAAGCCGAUGGUGAAGCCAGACUUCUAUGGCGUCGUUGAAAAUGAAAUACUCGUCAUUCUACCUCAAGCCUCUGAAGAAUAUGGACCCAUAUCGCAUUAUUAUCUAGUUGUAGUGCCUGAUGAUAAAGCUCAUAAUCAUAAGCAUCCGGAUCAGUUCCUAACAGACGAUUUAAUUAAAAAUAAUGUUCGAACAGAUGAUGAAAAUGCACCGUACAUUGCUGCCAAAUUCUUACAACGAAAUAUUCUCUAUACAUUCCAUCUCGGUAAUGAUGAAAUGUAUGAAGGCUUUUUGAACAGGAAAUUGAAUCCUAGUAAAAAGUAUCGAGUAUUCGUCCGUGCGGUUGUAGAUACUCCACAAAAGCAUUUAUAUACGUCCAGUCCAUUUUCAGAAUAUUUGUCGCUAGAUAUGCGUGAAGCACCGCCUGGUGAAGAACCCAGUAGGCCGGAUCCUAAAGACAUACAUGGGGACCCUGAAAUAAGGAUAGAAGAGAAUAGGAAAGAAGCUGGCAUGGUAUGGGUUAUCGGGCCAAUCAUUGCCGCGUUGAUGCUCUCACUUUGUUUGGUAGUCUUGUUCAUAUUCAAGAGAAGACGCCAACCCUGCAAGGCUCCCGACCAGGCAGCGGUGACAAGGCCUUUAAUGUCGGCAGAUGUUGGAUUCGGAGCACCAUCCGAUCCCGUUGAAAUGAGGAGAUUGAACUUCCAAACGCCGGCUAUGAUUUCCCAUCCUCCUAUUCCUAUUUUAGAACUGUCGGAACAUAUCGAAAGACUUAAAACCAAUGACAACCUGAAGUUCUCCCAAGAAUAUGAAAGUAUUGAACCCGGCCAGCAGUUCACUUGGGACCAUUCAAACAUGGAAGUCAAUAAACCCAAGAACCGUUACGCUAAUGUCAUAGCCUAUGACCACAGCCGCGUAAUCCUUCAGCCAAUAGAUGGAAUACUCGGAAGUGAUUACAUCAACGCCAACUAUUGCGAUGGCUACCGGAAACACAACGCUUACGUAGCUACUCAAGGUCCUCUUCAAGAAACUCUGGCUGAUUUCUGGAGGAUGUGUUGGGAACUCCGCACUUCGACUAUCGUCAUGAUGACUAAGCUAGAAGAGAGAACAAGAAUCAAAUGCGACCAGUACUGGCCCAGCAGGGGAACUGAGACUUAUGGUAUGAUGACUGUUACUAUCGCAGAGGUUCAGGAACUCGCUACCUAUUGCAUCCGAACCUUCCAAGUGGAACGGAAUGGCAACAGCAGCGAGCGUCGUGAAAUCAAACAAUUACAGUUCACUGCUUGGCCAGACCAUGGAGUUCCCGAUCAUCCUGCACCGUUCCUUCAAUUCUUGCGACGAGUGCGGGCCCUAAACCCGCCAGAUGCUGGUCCAUUAGUCGUGCAUUGCUCAGCUGGAGUUGGCCGCACGGGCUGCUUCAUUGUUAUCGAUUCUAUGUUGGAGAGAGCUCGCCAUGAGCGCACUGUUGAUAUCUACGGCCAUGUGACUUGUUUGCGAGCUCAACGCAACUACAUGGUGCAGACGGAGGACCAAUAUAUCUUCAUACACGACGCUUUGCUAGAAGCUGUAAUUUGCGGUGACACUGAGGUUCCGGCUCGCAAUUUGCACGCACACAUUCAAAAGCUGAUGCGCGUGGAUCCUAUUGAGAAUAUUACUGGAAUGGAAUUGGAAUUCAAGAAGUUGGCUAACAUGAAAGCUGACUCCAGUCGAUUUGUGUCCGCUAGUCUACCUUGCAAUAAGCAUAAGAACAGAUUGGUGCACAUCUUGCCGUAUGAGUCGACCCGGGUGUGUCUGACUCCCCGUGAUGGAUCUGACUACAUCAACGCGUCGUUUGUAGACGGGUAUAGGUACCGAGCAGCUUAUAUCGCUACUCAGGGACCUUUGCCGGACACGACUGACGAUUUCUGGAGAAUGUUAUGGGAACACAAUUCCACAAUCAUUGUUAUGUUAACUAAAUUGAAGGAGAUGGGCCGAGAAAAAUGCCACCAAUAUUGGCCGUCGGACCGUUCGGUACGCUACCAAUGUUUCGUCGUGGACCCGAUCGCUGAGUAUAACAUGCCCCAGUACAUCUUGAGGGAAUUCAAGGUUACGGACGCUCGCGAUGGAUCUUCGAGGACGGUCCGUCAAUUCCAGUUCACUGAUUGGCCAGAACAAGGAGUACCGAAGAGUGGAGAAGGCUUUAUCGACUUCCUAGGACAAGUGCACAAGACUAAAGAACAAUUCGGACAGGACGGUCCCAUCACUGUACAUUGCAGCCCUCCACGUCAAACGACAACUCGCCACCCGCAUCCACCGGCUCCCCGCAACUCUGGCGAUGUCGUCGGUCCACCUAGCGGGAGGCCUGCUCACGCUUCGUCUUCACUCAAGGACUUUCCUGGCCCAUCUGCCGUCAGUCCUUCGAGCGACGUGGCCUGCCCAUUGCCACUUUACGCGGGAGUGGGUCGCACGGGUGUGUUCAUCACGCUGUCGACGGUGUUGGAGCGCAUGCAGUACGAGGGCGUCGUCGACGUGUUCCAGACGGUGCGCACGCUGCGCACGCAGCGCCCCGCCAUGGUGCAGACUGAGGAUCAAUACGAAUUCUGCUACCGCGCUGCACUGGAGUACCUUGGCUCCUUCGACCACUACGCCAACUGACGAUGAGACAUACUCGUCUAAACGCGCCCUAGGGGACACUGUCGCGCGGAAACAUGACGUAUGUACUUAACUAUAUGAUCGGAUUUUGAAUAAAGAAGUAUUGUCACUGCAUUUCGGGUACCUGAAUUAUGUAAAAAGGUUUUUUUAGCGUAUUUUGUCUCGUCAAAAAC